UUGUUUUAUUCCUAACUGUGCUUCCGGAGCAACGGAAACGAAAAAGAAUGUAACUCUUUUUUCGAUCAUACGUACGGUUGAAUUAAACCGUUGGUGGCACCGUACGGAGUGGCCUAAAGAAUAUUAUGGUCAGAGUUUACCGGAGACAAUUUUUGUCUGCGAACGGCACUUCCACGAACGAGAUAUCGAUCGAAGACAUAGAACACCACGUCUUUUACCGGGAACGCUACCAUCGCGAAAUAUCCAAUUGCUAUCUACAUCGAACGACAACGUAUCAAAGGCUUUGUGGUGCCAUACAGAGCUCGGAAAUGGACGACGGGAGCGCAUUGUUGGCAAUACUCGAUGAUAUAUUUGAAAGUAAACUUGCUCUGUGUGACUCGCAGUGCUUACCAGUUGGUGUUUGUUCAAGCUGCAAGGAAAGCGUAAAGUUUGUGGAAAAUUUUUGGAUGCGGUGCAAAGAGGCUCAGGAAACAUUGCGAUCUAUUUUUGACGAACAACAUAAUGUUACCGAUAACCAGCAGGUUGGAACACCGCAAACAAGCAGAGACAACGAAGCGCAGGAAUAUCUAGUCUCCGAAACAGACAUUCUUGUCGAAAAUCAGCAAGAGUUGGACGAUCAUGAAGAAACCGAUAUUCAUGAAAACAGUUGCAACGAUACAACUCAGGAAGAUCUCAACUCUGAAGCAGGAGACGAACUAUACGGUACUAAUUUGAGUACCAUAGAGAUGCUCGCUAACAUGCCGGAUGAAUCUAAGAAUUUGAGGCAACACAGAAAACGUAAUAACGAUGUAUUUAUAGAAAGCGUGACAAUUUUGGAGAGAGACCCGAAAAACUAUGGAACGCUGACGAAAAAAACUGUUCCUAGCUACAUCUGUCACGUCUGUGGUAAGACGUUCCGAUCACGAGGUAACCUGUCGAACCAUAAACAGAUUCACUCAAACGAGCUGCGCUUUUCUUGUGAUGCCUGUGGCAAGCAGUUCAAGAUGCGGCGUGACCUCACAAUGCACAUAGAGUCGAUACACGAGUGUAAAUUAUUCAAAUGCAAUUUAUGCGAUGUGCAAUUUCGCUGGCGAAAAGGCUUACAACGCCAUGUAAAGGUGGUACACACAAGGACGGCGUUCAAACAUGAUUGUCAGGUGUGCAAGAAAAAGUUCACGACACCCGGCAAGCUGCGGGAACACGUGAUGAAGCAUACCGGAGAUCGUUUGUGGUGUGAAAUCUGCGGCGCUGGCUACAGAUUCAAUUAUAUGCUAACUCAACACAAAAUACGGAAGCACAGUAUGACUUUUGCUGGAGUCAAGUUGUACGAAAAGAAGGUGUCAAACUAUACGAAAUCUGCCCAGCGGAAUCCGUUGCAAACUGGGACGAAGACAUGUAACAUAGGCGAAAUAAUAAUGGAAUCAGAGGAAGGAGAAGAGCAUCUGUUAGAAGCAGUGGAUUAUGAUGUAGAAAUAUUGGAUUCAUGCGAUAAAACUGUGUAA